AUGGUUCGCAUCCGGGUCCUGACACUGCUGCUGCCCAUCCUGUCCGCUCUUUUAUCUGACGCGUCCCCGCUAGCGGAUGGGCAGCUUAGCGACUUCCUCAAACGCCAGGACCCCCAGGUCAAGCCACUCCUGCACCUCGCAUCGCGCGAGGCAGCCGGCGUCAAGCCGCGCCACCUCCGCCCUGUUUGGGAGAAGGCAAAGCGCGCCAGGCGUGACUCUAUAACUCCCCCAGAUGUCGGCCAGGAAGCCAACUUCACGGGCUCCACGCCUGAGCCGGUGCGUGGAGCCAACGGUGCCCCUUUCUUGUCCCCCAGCAACACGGGGAUCGACGAGGAGAAUCCCGACAAUGUUGCGCCUCCAACCACUGAUGCUGGCGUCGUACCUAACUUGAAAUGGAGUAUGGCUCAGUCACACACGCGACUUCUAAAGGGAGGGUGGGUGCGAGAAACAGUCAUCACGGAUUUGCCGCCGUCCAAGGAUAUUGCAGGCGCCGAAAUACGCCUGGCUCCCAACGCGUAUCGUGAAUUGCACUGGCAUCGUAUCGCAGAGUGGGGCUAUAUCCUCGGCGGGACAGGUCGUAUCGCAGCGGUCGACUCCACUGGCAAAAGUUACAUCUCUGACAUCAAAGGGCCCAUCAACGGGACAGACGGCGACGUCUACUACUUCCCUCCAGGCGUCCCGCACUCCAUCCAAGCGCUCGACGAUGGCCUGGAGAUCCUUCUCAUCUUCACCGACGGCAACUUCGACGCCCUUGGAACGACGUUCAUGCUAUCCGACUGGCUCGCGCAUACCCCGCUGGACAUCGUCGCCCAGAACUUCGGUGUCAACACGAGCGUAUUUAACAACAUCCCCAAGACGGACCCGUAUAUCUUGGAAUCUACGGCGCCGCCGCCACAGCUGGGCGAGGCUAGCCAGCAGGCGAUUCCGGACCCGCAGGGCGAGGUCCCCAACCCAUAUGUGUUCCAUCUAUCUACGCAGAAGAAGACCACGGGGCCCGGAGGCUGGGUUAAGAUCCAGGACUCCGUGACUAAUUUCCCGGUUUCUACGGAACUUGCAAGCGCCUUCGUUUACGUUGAACCAAACGGCAUGCGCGAGUUGCACUGGCAUACUGCGGACGAAUGGUUGUACAUUAUUUCUGGCAAAGGGCGUGCAACGGCGUUCGCAGGGUCCGCCACCUCCAGAACAUUCGACUUCGAAGCCGGUGACACCGGUGUCUUCCCCGUAUCUUAUGGCCACUAUGUCAAAAACUUGUCUCCCACAGAGCCACUAAUCUUCCUGGAGCUUUUCAAAGCACCUCAGUUUGCUGAUUUCAGUGCGACACAAUGGCUUGCAUUGACACCUAGACAGGUGGUCAUCGACCUCCUCAACAUCUCCAGCGAAGUCAUCGACACUUUCGCCACGACGAAGCAGAUUGUCGUCUCUUAA